GUGUGUGUGUGUGUGUGUGUGUGUGUAGGAGCCAGGCGGUACAGCAGGAUGUCUAUAGAAGCUGAGGCGUUGCUGCAGGAGGCUAAGGAGAGUAUAGAAGCAGCUCAGAAUUACAGGAGCGAACUACAACAACGCCUACAUGGACUCAGCCAAGCACGCAAACAGGUACGAGGCAGCUCGUCUCAGGCCAGAGAGGGGUUGAAGCGUCAUUUCUCAGAGCUCCAGACGGCUGUGACCCGCCUCCUGACGGAGCGUCUGAGCGUGCUCCUUAGCGAGGUGGAUGUCAUCGAGCAGGACAGCGUUCGACCGCUGGACGACUGCCAGAAACUCAUAGAACACGGAGUCAACACUGCAGACGAGCUGCUCCGAGAGGGUGAGGUAGCUAUCCGUUGUGGUCUGGGGGAGAAGGAGGACCUGCUGGGGUGUUUCACCAAGAAGGCCCUUCAGAUCCAUCUGGACAGCCUCCCGGAGGUACCAGUAUUAGUAGACGUGCCGUGUGUGUCUGCCCAGCUGGAUGACUCUCUGCUGUACGCGGUGAGAGACAGAGUGUCACGACACGGAUCAGUCUCUUCACACCCUCCGGUCCAGAUAGAGGAGCUCCAGGAGAGACCUGGCAGUGUGUUAGUACGCUGGUGUAAGGUGGAUGAUGAGUUUGCGGUGCAGGACUACCGUCUGCAGUAUCGUCGCUCAGUGUCUGGUCAGUACCCAGGUCAGUACGAGGACACCUACAUCGGGCCGGAGCAGGAGUUCCUGGUCCUACACCUGGACCCCCACACUGAUCAUCUGUUCAGGGUGUGUGCCCGGGGGGAGGGACGUACCGAGUGGAGCCCCUGGAGCGUCCCACAGACAGGAUACACCACGCUGGCACCCCAUGAGUGGUGUCCAGGCAGUGAGGGCUACAUCCUCAGCAGUAGAAGGAACAUCGCCAUGCGGAGUGACUCGUCCCCCUCUAAAGCUGGGGUUCUCUACUCCAACGCCCCGACCUACUUCUGUGGACAGACGCUCACCUUCAAGAUCUCUGCGACGGGCCAGGUGGACAAGCGGGACAGUAUCGGGGUGUGUGUGGGGUGUGAGGGAGAGGCGGAGUCUCUGCAGAGGGACCAGGCUGUCUGCAUCUCCACCAACGGAGCAGUGUUUGUCAACGGUAAAGAGAUGACCAACCAGCUGCCUUCCAUCACCCUCGGCUCUGCUGUGACCUUCGAUAUGGAAGUGGUCAACCUACUUCCUAUUAGCAACAACAACAACCUUAGCGACGGAGGCAACUUCAAGCUGAGGGUUACGAUUGGCUCAGGGAACCGGGAAGUGGUGUUUGAUUGGCUGCUGGACCAGGGGGUGGACUGCCUGUUCUUUGGCUGCUCCUUAGCCCACCCUGGUUGGAAGGUGCUGGUGUUCUGAGGCUGCUGAUUGGACAGCAGCCCUGUCAGUCAACACAAAGGGACAAGCAGGGUAACAGUCCUGUCUGCUGGAGUUGUCCUGUCCCAAAUCAACCCCUAGACCCAACCCCUUAGACCAGUGCUAUUCAAACUUUUUUAGCAGGGACCCUGUUUUGUUGUGUGCAAUUUCUCAUGAACCCAACCCCAAAAAUAAUAAAAACCAGUACAUUUUAGAUUUUUACAUCAACGAAUAACCCUUGAUUCAUUACAUUUACAAGAAACCAAAAUAAAUGUACUCAAUUUUAUUUUUCAAAUACGUUUGUAUAUUGUCUCAUACAAUAAUCUGUACUCUACUUUUUGUUUAGUGGGGGGGGUUGCGAUCCUGGCCUUUUGAAUACCACUGCCUUCGACACUUAGCCUCUACCCCCUAUAGCAACUGUUCAGUGUUGGGGUAUUUCUAAAUGUGCAUUCCACUGUUGUUUACAGUAAAAUGUACCCCUCUUUUACCCACUGUGACUCAUCUGGUCCUUUCACCCUGGGAAAGGUUUCAUCUGGCCCAGCGAUCUGUGCUUCCUCCAGGUAUGACUGGUGAUGGUUGAGAGUUGUGUGCUCUGGUAUCAGAACAUCUCAGCUUUCUCCUCUUGGGCACCUGGAUGGACAAUGUACACAAAGCCCUUUCUGACCUGUCUGAUAAGAUAUCCUGCCAUUUGAUACAGACUGGUGUACCAGAACUGACCAAUUAUUAUUCCUUUUCAAGACACACUCAGGCUGUGCAUGAAAUGGCACCCUAUUCCUUACAUAGUGCUAUGGGCCUUGGUCUAAAGUAGUGCACUAUAAUAGGGAAUAGGGUGUCAUUCCUGUGCCCUAUUUCAGAUGCACAUUCUUUCCAAACGUCCUAAAAUGGUGUUUUUUAAACUUUUGAAUGUGAGAACAAUAAGGGGGUGGUCUCGCUCAGAGAAGUGAUCAGAGAGCGAGACGUUGCCUUUCAUCAAACACUUGAGCUGCAAAGCAUGCUGGUCUGGUUUACCGCAGAAUAAAACACCAUCACUGUGAAAAACGACUCACUCCAGAGAUCGUAACCUCUUCUUCGUCGGUCUCUCCUCUCCCUGUCGACCCGUUUUCAGUUCUCUAGCUCGGUGUGAGCAGAACUCAUGCGGUGUUCAGAUUCUGUAAGUGUUCUGAAUCAGAUUCAGAUCAGAUUUCAUGCUCUUAAUGUGCUUUUUAAAAACUUUUUUUUUUUGCUAACAGUAUUCACAACCAUGUAAUGUAACUUCACUUGUAGACAUUGAUGUACUUUCAUGUGAAUUUUUGGGGGAACUUGUGAGGUGAAUUCAUAUUUUAAAACGGCAUCCCAUUACCUCUAGACCACUAUAGGGACUAGGGGGCCGUUUUGGGUUGCUUCCUGUGGUUCGGCAGAGAUGGUAUGGUUGCUGUGGUUACAGAGCGCUCUUCAGCAGACUGACUGUUGAGUUCGAUGGUUCAAAUUUAAAUGAACCUUUAUUGAAAUAGGCAAGUCAGGAAAGAACAAAAUGUUAUUUACAAUGACUGCCUACCCCCCUCCCCUAACCCGGACGAUGCUGGGCCAAACCCUAUGGGACUCCCGAUCAUGGCCGGUUGUGUGACAGCCUGGAAACGAACCAGAGUCUGUAGUGACGCCUCUAGCACUGCAAUACAGUGCCUUUGACCGCUGCGCCACUCGGGAGUUUAACAGUGGUCAUACAUACUGUAAGACACUGCUAGAUAAAAGCUAUAGCUUGGAUACAGUAUAUAGCUGUAUAGUUACUCUGUGGCAGUGUUGCUUCACAUCCAAAUCAUCUGAUAUCAGUGAAAGGCUGCCAAUGGCGCAAGGGUAGGGUUGUGGGGUUGGAAAUGGAACCAGGCCACCUGUUAUAGUGGGGUCGUCCUCAGCUGUCUGUCAUCCACCACCCUCUUCAUGCAAACAUCCGUCUCCGAUUCCUUUAACUGUGUAGGAGUCCCAAAUAGCACCCUAUCCCCUAUCUAGUGCACUACUUUUGACCAGGAUCCAUAGGGCUGGUCAAAAGAAGUGCAUCAGAUAGGGUGCCAUUUGGAAUGCUGACUGUGACUUGUAAAUCAGGGUUGGGGGCUCAGUUCCAUUUCAAUUCGGGAGAUUAACUGAAAUUCCAAUUUGCGUUAAAGUGGAAUGUGAGUCGACUUCCUAAAAUGGCAUUGACCCCAGUCCUGCUUGUUAUUGACAUCUGUGUUUGUGCCUUCCUUCAGUACAGAACGAAUGCCCCAGAAACAUCCAAUAAAUUGCUUAGUCAUCCA